AACAAACAAAACAUCCCGACGGGACGGUGGCCGAGAGCCGAGAAACUAUUAGAUUAAUUUAAAGUAUCUCGUCUAAUAAAAAUAGUUGUGGAACCUCAACCUCAAUAAGUAACUGCAGGUAGUAAAAAGAACAAAGUUCUAUAGUGAAAUUAUUGUAAGUUUUUUGCAGCUUUCAUAUGAGUCAACUGUCUCAUUGUCACUUCACCUAAGUGCGUAUCUGCAUUCCACCUUUGAGUAAUGGCGGAAUGCGAUGACAUUUAUAAUGAAAUCGACAAUUUAUAUGCUUCUGUUCAAGACUUACACCAAGAGUCAUUUUCAGAUACCGCAGAUCCACAGCAUCCCCACUUGGUCCCUACUCUGAAACCUUAUCAGUGCAAAGCCGUACGAUGGAUGUUGUCAAGAGAAUCAAAAAAAGUAACUAUAGAUGAUAUCUUGUCCUCUGGUCCAACUGAAUUGCCUACUGGCGGUAUCUUAGCAGACGAAAUGGGACUAGGAAAGACUGUGGAGGUCAUUGCUUGUAUGCUUUUGAAUCCUCGGACGAGUUUUGAUGAGGAACCUGCCUCUGAAACAGAAAACUCUUUUAUCAACUCUAGUGAUACCUGUCAUUCACCAACUGAUCUCUCUGCAACAGUCGAUGAAAAGUGCAGCCUGUCAAAAACCCACUCUCAGAGAAAGAGAAAGAGUAAAAGCUGGCUAAUUGAUAGUGAAAGCAAUAGUGCAGAUGGCAUCACUGGAGAAAUCUCUGAUGCUAAAACUGCACCCAAUUUUGCCAACUUUUCUGGGGAAGAUAAGCAUGAUCAUCUGCAGCAAGGAAUUCCAGAAUCUUUUGUAAAGAAAGAAAGUUACAAUGAGAAAACAGAGUUGCCCAAAGAAGUUCAUUGUAUGGAAAAUGAACCCUCCAGCCCUUCUAGCACAAAUGUUAUCACAUGUAAAAAUGAGCCUUCAAAUUCUCCCAUUCAAGAUGCUCCAGAGGAGUGGUGCUCUCUGCAAAACAAAAAACUUUGCAAGAACAAAUCGGAUUUUCUUCCUUCAAUAGAUGCAGUUGUUAAAAAAGAAGUUUUGAACCAUAAAGAGUUUGCCUUGAACACAAAAGUGGUGGAUUCCUCGGCCAACUCAAGAGCAUUUGAAGAAUCAAACUUAAAGAUUUUGAGCCAAAACGGUUAUGAUGAAGAAAAAGUACCAAAAGAUCAAAUAGAAACAGAUGAGAAAAUGUGUAUUGAUAUGGUGAAUCAAGAACCCCAGAAGAAAUCUAGAGGAUGGAAAAGAAAAAGCAUGGAUCCAUCUCCUACAUUGUGUGAGAAGCGCGCCAAUAUAGAAGCAGACAUCGUAGACUCAUCUCUUAACAAUGAAAAUGUUUCCGAAGUGAAUCGAUCUCGUAAAGGGAAAAAACCAGUGACCCCAUCAGUAGAUGUAUCAGCAAAGAAAAAAAGCACUUCUAAACAAAGAGGCUCUAGCAUAAGGGCAGAAUUAAAUAAAUGGUAUGAGGAAUUGUUGGCAGAAGUGAGGCCCAAAAGUCGCAAGUCUAUAGAAGAAACCACUUCUAAUUUACACUGUUUUUGUGAUAAUAUAGCAGAGAGUAACAUGAUCCAAUGUGCAGAUUGUCAAUUUUACCAGCAUAAAGCAUGUGUAGGUUUUAAUGCCAAGAAAAUGAAAAAGAAAGACUAUCUCUGUCCAUCUUGUAUUUUGAAAAAGAAACCAAUUCCAGCUAAGACAACUUUCAUUGUUUCACCAGCUUCUAUAGCAGAUCAAUGGGUUGAAGAGAUCGAAAAACACACCAAUCCGCCAUUGAAAGUUCUGAGGUACGAAGGAGUGCGCACAAGUGGAUACAUUCAGCCAAGCACAAUAGCGGAGUAUGAUGUUCUUUUAACGACAUACGAAUCCCUUGCUAAAGAGCUGAAUUAUGUAUCUGGUGAUGAUGAAAAUGCAACGCGUAGUUUACGACAUGCCAAACGCUAUUUUUCACCUCAAUCACCUUUAAUUUGUGUACAGUGGUGGCGAGUUUGUCUCGAUGAAGCUCAGAUGGUGGAAAUGUCAAAUACGAAACCAAGUUUAAUGACAAAACGUCUACAUGCUAUCCAUCGGUGGGCAGUUACUGGCACACCAAUUCAGAAAACCGUAGAUGAUCUCAUGGGUCUCAUGGAAUUUUUAGGCAUUGAAGAAUUGGCUUCCCUAAGGAAAUGGCGAGUUUUGAAAGAAAAACGUGAUGAGUUUCUGUACUUUUUGAGUUGUCUUAUGUGGAGACACUCCAAACAUGAAGUUUUAGAUGAAUUUGGUGUACCUCCACAGACGGUAAAGAGCGUAUGGUUGAAAUUUUCAGCUAUUGAAAGCCACUUUUAUCAGCGACAACAUGAGGAAUGCUCCGGACAGUUUUUGGCAAAAGUGUCAAAGUAUCCAUCAUUGAAUAUUCCCUUGCAAACUAUUGAUCGAAAAGAAGUUAGUCGUAUAUUACAGCCCCUCCUAUCCUUACGACAAGCCUGUUCUCAUCCACAAGCUGUUCGGGGAAAAUUAUUGGCAGGUCGUACAACUAUGACGAUGACUGACUUACUGGAUGUUAUGGUAAAGAAAACAGAGAACGAAAGUGAAGAAUUUUUGCGGCAGUACAUUGCUACACUAAAUGGAAUGGCUGGAAUUAACAUAAUUAUUGAUCAGUUAGGUGAUGCAGUGGAGCUGUACCGUGAAGUUUUGCAACUUUGUCAGAACUACGAAGGCAGUUUGACUGUGGACACUCUGCAAAAAAUCCACACAUUGCAUAAUUUGGCAGAGGUAUUAGAAUUCAAACCAGAAAACAUUGCACCAACACUUCGAGAUGCAACAGCCAAAGAAGAUGCAGCAAAAUUGGAAAAAGAGUACUUAGACAAAAGGAGGGUGGUAAUGAAAAACACACAGCAACAAGUCGCAACAUUAGCAGCAGAUAUUGCAACAUUAUGUGGAGGUUCAACCCUUGGCUUCUCUGAAUGGUGGGUUGAAGUCAUCGACUGGGCGCCAUCAUCCAAAGAGCUCAUAACACAUCUCAAAAGUGCUCUUGCCGAAAUAUCAGAGAGUUUUAUCAGUAUAGCUCCUAAAAUCUCUUCGAAGGACAGACUAAAAGCAAACCUUGCUAUUUGGCUGGCAGAACUAGAUAGUUUAAGGAUCUCAAUUAUCGAUGCUCUACACUCGUUAGAAGUCACGGCAACCGAAGAUCUAGUUCACAAGGCCCUAUGUUGUCAUUUACGUAAAGCGAGGAGGUCAGCCAAAAGUUGCCCUCUUUGUGAAAUUGAGGAAAACCUGCUAGCCUACGAGUCUCUUUUGUUCAUGGUAAGCAGUAAAGGUAACAAAUCAAAUGCUCUGGCUGAAGUCGAGGAUGAAGAUGAUGAUGAUGAUAAAGAAACCUCUGAAGAAGCCCAACCAUCCACCUCUAAAGAGUCAAAUGCUUUGCAAGCGUUGAAGCAAGUAAAAGUGUUUGAAGUUUCUUGGAAAGGAAGUUGGAAAAACUCUCAAUAUCUAAUUGUAUUGACAGAACUAUCAAAUUUCGCAAGAACCAAAAGUGCCCCAGCUCAAUGGCAAAAUAGUGCGAAGCAACAUCUGAAACUGAUGAAUAGCCUCAAGCGAGAGUUCAAAACUUUGCGGCUACUCUGGACGCAAAAUUCUGAGCUUGUGCAGAGCUGCGAUGAAUUGGUUAUGGCUAAAAUGAGACUGAGGCUACGUUUGAAGUCAGAUACCCCUCAAAAAAAAGUUAGCAAUAAAUUAGAUCAUAUUCAUAUCAUUGAUCCCAAUCAAAUACAAUUUGAGCUUCAUCGGCUAAAAAAUGAAAGUAAAGCAGCAGCCGAAAACCUGAAAAAGAAAACUGGAACCCUUUUGUAUUUGAGAAAUUUACAAAAAGAAAAGAGCGAAGACAAAGUCAACAUCUGCCCUAUCUGUCGCAGCGAAAUGAAAGACAGAUGGGUCGUGCUUGUUUGUGGGCACUGUAUUUGUUAUGAAUGCAUUCCUACCAUGCUGUCCAUGUCUACGUCGAAAGAAUAUGUCGAAUGUGCCAUUUGCCGCGAGAAAGGUCCAGUUGCAGAGAUCUCAUAUGUGGACUGUCAGCAAAGGGAGGAUGACGACAAAGUGAUAGGUUCCUUCUCCACAAAAAUCACUGGUGUCAUUCAUUUAGUUAAAACCUUGACAUCUGAAGACAGCAGUGUCAAAAUUCUAGUCUUCUCAUCAUGGGAGAAAGUGUUAGACAUUCUUCAAGAAGGUUUUGAAAAAAAUAGUAUCAAAUCGCAACGGUUGAAAUCAGGACCAAAACAUAAAAAUAGCAUCAAAAACUUCAAAACUAUGAAAGAUAUGAAUGUUCUCCUCCUGCAAUACCGGUCUGGCUCCAAAGGGUUGAACCUGAUCGAAGCAACUCACAUUAUACUCGUUGAACCAGUCUUGAAUCCUUCAGAUGAAUUGCAGGCAGUGGGUAGAGUACAUCGAAUGGGGCAAACCAAACCAACUUUCGUUCAUCGAUUCGUAAUCGAAAACACCAUCGAAGAGAAGAUGCUGACUGCCGUCAGAGAGAGUGAAAUCAACCAGUGGCGGAAAAACCAAGUAACUUUGCAGCAGUUAUCAGAAUUGUUUUGCUAUAACUUUGCGAACUCUAAACUAGAAUCUACAGAUGGUUCCUCAGUCUAAAGCCCACAGAAGUAAGUUGAAAUAUAAAAUGUCAGAUUCAAUGUUAAGACUUCAAGUUGCCUUGUCCUCAGGUUGUCUCUUUCACCUACCAACUGAAUGUUAAUGUAAUCUUUUAAUGUCUCAAAUAGAAGAAGUAUGUCUGUUCAGAAGGUUUUAUUGGAUAUUUUAAUUUCUGCCUAAGUUUUCCUCGUCAGAAGGGACGCAUACUUUUUGAUGUCAUAUAAUAUGUAUAUAUGUAAUUAUCCUUUCUCCUUACUCUGCUCAUUCUGUGUUCCAUUUAAAUGUAUAUUCUAAUGCAUCUUUUUGUUCAAUCUUAGAACUUGAUAUUAAACAUUCGAUCGUUAGUGAAGAUUAAUUUUUUCUCUUGUGCUCUUUUUAAUUUCGAUUUCAUCUCCAUUUUUUAUUUCUGCAGGGCCUUUUUUCUAGAGAAUACAUCUUCCCUAGAAUUGUCUUGUAAACUUGUCACAGGCCCAUUGAAGUUUCUUUUUAUUUCUCUCUACCUUUUCUCUCUUUGGAAGGCAGUUAACAUUCCAUAGCUAGAAUCAUUAAUAUGUAUACUUUUUUAUUCAGUUUCUAGGCAUUUAAGUCAACAUUAAUCAUACGUUUAGUGUGUAGGUUAAAUUCGGCUGUGCUUCCUUGUAAAUAUUAGCCUAUUUUCAAUGUAAGAACAAAUUAAGACUAACUAUCUUGGUAUGUAACUAUCUUGCUGGUCCUUUCCUUUUCAUAUAUUUCUUUUCACCCCCAGCCUUUCAGAUUGCACAAAGCGCGGCUACUGUUCUUCUAAUGUUCCAAAAAUAAAAAAAAUCCUAGGCAAGGGGUCAAUUUUGCAAUUGCCUAUUUGUCUCUAAUUAUGCAUUCAUAUCUAUAAAUUAUGUAUUAAUUUGCUCAUGCCCGUAUGCCCUGAUGUUCUUUGUGUUCUCAUGGUUUCUCAACUUAAGGCAGUGCUUACUAAGAUAGAAGUCACCUCAAAAUGAAGUGUCAAAUGAGCAAUGUUUAUUGCAAGGGAAUCAAGUGCAUUCUUAUUUUAAAGCUACUUACUUUCUUUUUCAAUUAAUCAUUUUUAUGUAGAUUUCGAGACAAUACCCACCUCAAAUUACUUAUGCUCUUCUUUGUUUCCGCCUUCUUACUUAAAGAAAAUGAAAAAUGUAUACUAUCAUGCAGUACACUUGUUUGCCCUUUCAAUGAACCCUGCUGAGUCAUGAAAGGGCACUAAUGAUUCUCAGGGGAAAUCAGGGGUAGAUGAGGAGACCUUUUGUACUAGGGUUUAUUUUCUUUCCCUCCGCCUAUGCUCAUUUGUCUUUACACUUCUUUCCAGAUUCUUUUCUCCUUUUCCUUCCUCAGAAUAGCACACCAGCCUGCAGAUUCUCCUAAAUCUCUCGGGGGUUACUUGAACAUGUCAUCCAAAAAUUGCCAUAACUCAGCAAUUUUUUUUUUCAAUUCAAUUCGGGUCAUAUUUGGAGCUGAUGAAAUAAUCUGUAAGUUAGCACAACUGUCAUUUCUGCAACUUCAUAAGUUCGAUCAUACUAGGAUCAAGGGCAAGACUUCUGGAACACCUUUUUGUACAUUUAUACAUAAACCUAAUACUACACCUCACCGGUACUUUUACACCUUCUUUUUUUGUAUUUCCUUAAGUUUUAAUGUACUCUUUUUACCUGCAAAAUGUGUGUUUUUUUCUUUAUUUCAAUAAAGUUCAGUAUUUUAUAUUUUUCAAUA